AUGAACGCUAACAUAUGGGUGGCUGCCUCAGAUGGUAAUGUGGACCGAGUGGAACGUAUCCUCCGCGAGAGCAACGGCAGCAUGACUCCGCAAACGAAGGACAUUAACGGUUACACUCCGAUGCAUGCUGCUGCCGCAUACGGCCACACAGACCUGCUCAAGAAAAUGUGCAGCGAGUACAACGGAGAUAUUAACGUGCUGGAUAAUGAUGGUGACACUCCUUUGCACCACGUGGAGGAUGUGGGCACUGCCAAGUUGAUCGUGGAAGAGCUAGGCGGAGACUUCACUAUUAGAAACGCCGAGGGCCAAACGCCAUACGACUCGUUCGUGGAGAAUGGCGAAGAUGGUGAGCUCAUCGAGUACAUGAGGAUCAAGUCUGGCGUGGCCGACUCCCACGGUGCGGACGGCUCGCAGGGCGAGGGUAUCAUCAACAACCAGCUGCUAGAGGAGUUCAAGGACAGCGUGCGGUACACUCUGGAGAACGACCCUGAGGAAGGGGCCGAUGAGUCCACUUUGCAACGUCGGAGGCAAUUGGAACAAAUCAUUACAGGAGAUAACGCCGAAGAGGAGUUGGAAAGAUAUAUCCGCACCAUGGUCAGGGAACAGAUGCUGGGCCAGGGCUCCAUGGGGGAUGGCAUGGGCGAACCAGACUCUAAGAGAAGAAAAUAA